CCAUAACGAUCACGGGGACCCCGCCAAUCCGGGGCAGCGCGCGCUCCGAGUCUGUCUCUCCCGACGACAUGCCCGCUCACGACAAGAAACCCCCGCCUGCCCCCGCCAAGCUGCGCCAGGCGGCGGCGGAGCCAAAGAAAGCAGAAAACAUAGCUCGGCGCCUUGCGUUUGUCUUUCUCGCUGCUGCGCUCGCCGGUAUCGCGACGUACGUCUCUCGUGUCGGACACGGAGGCGCAACGCGUCGGGUUCAGGCCGUCACCUCCGUCCCAGAAUCAUAUGCUGUCUGCACGGACCCUGGGCUGGUAUACACUGUGGACGAGCGUCGGCCGAACGCGGACUGUUUGCUAGUUAAGAAGGACCGGAUUGCUGCGACGGGCACCCUUGAGGAAAUUCAGGCGGAAUGGGACGUCUAUCAGAUUGACUUGGUCAACAAGUUUUAUGGCGGGGAGUCCAAGGCGAAGAAACCGCUCAAGGUCAUUCGGCCACCCUCGGGCAGCAUAAUCAUACCGGGGCUUGCAGAUGCACACGCGCAUCUCAUGAUGUAUGGCGCGAAAAUGCAGCUCAAUCUCGAAGGGGCUGAGACCAUCGACGAGGUUCUUGACCGCAUUGAGCACUACGUCGCUUCUCACCCUGCCCCGCACGAUGACGGAGUACGGUGGGUCGAAGGCUUCGGGUGGGAUCAGACCCGAUGGAAGGACUGGCGAGGCGGGUUCCCCAGCAAGACCGACCUUGCGUCUCGCCCGUCGUUAGCUGGCAUCCCGAUGGCGCUGUCCCGUGUAGAUGGGCACGCGCUGUGGGUGUCAGAUCGUGCGCUGGAGCUCGCGGAGGCGAAGUUGCCCGGUGGACGGUGGCCAGGACAUGGCGAAGUGGAGGGUGGCGAGGUCAUGAAGGAUAAAAAUGGAAAGCCCACUGGUGUCUUGGUGGACUCUGCGAUGGCAUUGAUACCUGUGCCACCUCCGUCGGAAGCGCAGAUGACAGAGCAGCUUGAGCGAGCCGUCAAAGACGCUCUGGCGGUGGGAUUGACCAGUGUCCAUGACGCAGCUGUAAAUGGACGCAUGCUCAAUGUGUUCAAAAAGAUGGCAGAUGAUGGGCGAUUGCCUAUACGGGUCUAUGCCAUGGCCAAUGAAGAAUCGUCUGAGUACUGGGGAGGGCGAUUCGAGCGGCUCGAAGACUACGGCAAAGAUGGUAGACUCAACUUGCGCAGCGUCAAGCUGUUCACGGACGGUGCACUGGGCUCCUGGGGCGCUGCGCUACUCGAGCCGUACUCCGAUAAUCCCUCGACCAGCGGUCUCAUGCGGAGCUCAGAGGAGGCUCUGAAGCAAACGGUCACCAAGUUCUGGAAUGAUGGAUGGGGAGUGAACAUACAUUGCAUCGGCGACCGCGCAAACAAGGCGGUGCUGGAUAUUUUCGAGGGCCUUCUGCAGGGCAACGAGUCUGCGGCGCAGCGACGACCGCGGAUUGAACAUGCGCAGAUCAUGCGCCGUGAAGACUUGACGAGAGCCGGGCAGCUUGGUGUCAUAACCAGUGUGCAGCCCACACAUGCCACGAGCGACAUGUGGUACGCAGAGUCCCGUUUGGGUCCGGACAGGAUACUCGGCGCCUACGCGUAUCAAUCACUACUUCAGUUAUCAUCCAACAAAGUGCUGCCCUUGGGUUCAGACUUCCCUGUUGAGGGGAUCAAGCCGCUUCUCGGGUUCUAUGCCGCAGUGUCACGUCUCGACGGCAGGGGUGAGAGCCCCCAUGGCCCCGGCGGAUGGUUUCCGUCGGAACGCCUCACACGUGCACAGGCUCUUAAGGGCAUGACCUUCGACGCCGCUUAUGCGUCUUUCGCUGAGGGGGACCUCGGUUCUCUGAGUGUAGGCAAGAAGGCCGAUUACGUCGUGCUCGAUAGGGACAUCAUGAACGAAGGGGCGGCGUUCACUGAUAUCUUGGCGACUCAAGUGAGGGCGACAGUUAUCGACGGGCGGGUAUUACACGGGGGAAUCUAGAUGGCCGACGGCCAACAAGGUCAC